AGGCGUCCAUCUUGAGUUAUGACGGCAGUAUGUACAUGAAGGUGGUGAUGCCUCAGGUGAUGCACACAGAGGCUGAGGACGUGUCUCUACGUUUCAUGUCCCAGCGGGCCUACGGCCUGCUCAUGGCCACCACCUCGCGGGACUCGGCUGACACGCUGCGUCUCGAGCUGGACGGUGGCCGGGUCAAGCUCACGGUCAACCUAGGUAUCGUAUGACAUUACAGACUACGCCACGUGUUAAAAAACGUGGCACUCUCUUUCUCUCUUCGUUUAAUGUCUCUAUCCCUCCAUCAUUAUUCUUUUAUUUCUUUUUUGGUUUGGUUAAUAGAGUAAAGGAUCGCAAUAAUAUAAGGAGUAGUGAUAAAAAAAUAUAUAUAUUUUAUUUGCAUGGACUUUAUUGUGAUCUGUGUCAUUAGAUAUAGAUUGAGUAACACUCUUUAUAGACAUUGCUAUACUUUUUAACUAAACUUUUUUGGCUUUAUUUAAGCUAUUUCAUUCUGAAAGUUCUUGUCAUUGAUAAAUAUGCUGUCUGGCCCAUCUUUUGAACAGAUAAACCAUAGCCAUUGUCAUUUUGAGACAGUCACAGCACCAGUAGAUAUCAUUAUUUAUAAAGUACAUCUUAAAUUGUCAUUUAAAGUCUGAAUACUAUACACACUAUUGCUGAUUAGCACACUAUUGUUAUUAUAAUAUAUUAUAUCAAAUACAUCUUUAUAAACAUUGUGUAGUGCUGUGACUUUCUAAGAGGUGACUUACUCCAACUGAUUCUCAGUUCAUCAUCUACAGGAAAUUGAGAAAGAAAAAUCUCAACUUUACAUUUUCAACUAACAUCAUCUUCUUGUCUUCAAGUUGAAACUUCUUGGCUUUUGAUUUUGGGUUUGUUCUCCUUCUCUUUGUUUAUGGUGUACACAUACUAUAUACAAUCUCUAUGUACAUCUCCUAGCUAUCAACUCCAUUUCCCAUCAUGCUUUGUCAAAAGAUGGUAUUCACCCCUUCAAAGGCCUUAAGCCUGCGGCCCGUCAGGCGAACAGCCCGAGAACAGAGCCCAGCCAAACCUGCAGCUGGCUGCCCCCCAGGCAACCUUCCUUCUCUCUUUUUUUACAAACACACCACUGUGUUACAAAAAGGAAAGAAGCACUAGUGUACAUAACCUAUAUUUACACACAAUUUGUCUUUAAGAUUGAUUAAAGCUUUAAUAAAGCUGGAUAUUUGUCAUAAUAGUUUGUAGUGUGCUUCGUCAUUAUAAUACCUAUAGUAGCAAUUGAUAGACUAUGUUAUGCACACUAAAUAUUACUUUAGUCAUCAAAGUAUUUUAUUAAGAAUUGCAACUACAAAAAUUGGCUACACAAAACUACCCUACACAAUUCACUUUUUGUAUCAAGUACAAUAUCAAUAACGAGCAUCACAUAUCCACAUUUAAGUGUUGAAGAGAUACAUAUUCUUAAUGUGUUUAUCUAAACCCAUAUGAUACAUUGUUUCAUAGAAACUACCUACAGUAUAUAUAAUAUAUAUGUUAUUUAGCAGACACUUACAGUCAUGCGUGCAUACGUUUUACAUAUGGGUGGCCCCAGCGGGAAUCGAACCCACACCCCUUGCAAGCGCUAUGCUCUACCAACUGAGCAACACAGUCUCUAUACUGUACUGUUAGAUAUGAGGGUCUUGUGCCUCUGCAUGGUGCUGGUGCUGAUUGGAUCGUGGCUGUUCGCUCCCACUUUUCUGUUGCGGUUGACGACACAUGAACCCACUAGCCACAUGGUGACCAACCCAGAAUGUCCCUUGCAGAAUCCCAUAGGCCGACUCAAAAUGUCCGUCACAGAAACCUGUAGGCCUAUAACAGGUAGGAAUCUGUUGUCAGCGAAGGAACUAGUCAAUUAUCUUUCACUAGUCCAUUCGCUUUUUUUAAUUGAUAAUCUUGGAAAUAUUUCUCCAAAAUAAUAAAAGUGUUGUAACACUUUUUUAUAUAUUUAAGUUUAUUCAACUGUCAAGUAGAAUAGUAUUGCACUGUUUCAAAGAUCUGUGGCUCCAAUAUGAAUAGCUAACACCACCUUCUUGCUAAUAUCAGAUAUAUGAUUUUAAUAGCCUGUUUAGUCAACAAGUUGGUGUGAAGGCUUUGGAGCUGGAGACUUUGAGUUUUAAAUCAAAAUGAAAACUAUUCCAAAAUGGAAGUCUAUGCUGGGUUGGAGAAUCUAUGUGGUUGGUAAAAUAAAAGCGGCCAUUUUAAAAAAUGUUGACAGCCAAUGUCCUUGUUAUGCAGCUUUAAAUAAAUUACAUUUGCCCUUAUGUGUAUAAUCUAAGUGUUAUAACUUAGUAGUGGUCACAAAACUAAGUUAAUUUCAUAACUUUAACAAGUGCUGCAAAAGCGCUAUGUACAUUUUACCAUACAACACCCAACUAAUCCCCAUGUCAGUCAUAACUAUUGUAUAUGGACCAACGAUUUGACAUUUGUGAAUAUAUUCAUUCUACCUCAUACUUAUUGCUACAUUACCAGUUAUUACAAUCAUAUUGAAAUUGCAGUAGCACUUGUAGAAUACAAGCCAGCCAUUUGUAAUCUAAGCUAACACGCUAGCACCUGAAAGUCAAUAUAGGACCCCCCACCUCCCCCUUACAAAAUGGCCGCCUCUCUGCAUGUGGACGUCCCCGGAAGGGUGGAAUUCUUGUUUUUGGAUGUCUGCAGCUAUAACCUUGAAGGAUGCAAUUUCAUCUGUCAUUUAUUCUUCCCCAUCUAGACUGUAUCAGGAUAAACUGUACUUCCAGUAAGUUAACACUCAAGUUUCAUUUUGCUCUUGUAUUAUUAUACUCUGCUGUUUAAAGGAAUGUGUUAUUUUAAGUGUGCCUUUCUCUUAUCCCUAUGGUGUUGGUUGGAGAAGGGGUGUGUCUGUCAGUUCAACUGGUCAGACCAUCAGUAGAUCACGGACAACAGAAACACCCAAACUGGAAACAGACAGUCAGGGUGGUGAUUUGUUAAUCUCUUAGGUUUUAGUUUUAUUUCAGACCAUAUUUUAUUAAAUAAGAACGUUUCAUGUUAUAAGGUCCUGUGACAGAUUUCUUUCCCUGUAUGAAUGUAUUUUAGUGAUAUAGGAAGUUCCACUGUAAUGAAAGUUUAAUUUACCGUUUUGGCUGCAUUAUGCAUUCCCUUUUUAGAGACGGAUAAUUAUAUAACCCUUUUCAUAAUUAUAUAUGGCAGAUAUUUUGGUUUUCAUCACGAAGUUGAGAUUAAGAAAUCACCACUUGUUACAUAACUAAACAUUUGAAAAUUCUUACAUGAAAGAGCUUCGUCAUAGGUGGACAACGUAGAAUACAUAUACAUAUAUACAGUAGAAUAAGUAGCUUGAACAUACAACAUGAUUACCAGAUAUAUAUAAAGAUGUUAUACUAUUCAUUUAGUGUAGGUCCUCUUCAAGUGUAUUGCGACAAAUUAGUUAAUGGUUUUAUUAUGAUUAUAUCAGUAUCAUGAUACUGUACGAUUUAUUUAAUGUGUGAAUUUGGUGAGCUCUGUUUGCAUCUAAACGUGUGUCUCUAAGUCUGAGCUUUAGUUUGACACUAUAAUACACUCAGAUAUAUGAAGUGUCCAUACUGUUGGGGAGUAGGUCAACAUUAACUGCUUUUACUCAUGAAUAGGGCUCGGAAACCUUUAGUGUACUGUCUGUCUGUCUGUGUGUGCGUGAAGGAGUCAGCAUGCUAUUUCCAUGGAUGAUGUAUUCACAGGUGAACAAAAACACAUUUUUCUCUGUAGUCAGAGGCCUUAUGAGGUUUUUUAAUUGUCCGACACAAGAAUGAAAAGUACAUUUUAAGUGUUGCACAUUCGUUUCAAAGCUCUCAACAGACUAAGACCAUGUGAGGACUGAGGUCUUUUAUGUAAGAGACACAUUCAGUGUGUGUGUAUGUGAAUAUAUGUGUGUGUGUGUGUGUGUGUGUGUGUGUGUGUUUGUGUGUGUGUGUGUGCACGCGUUCCUGCAUGCGUGUGUGUUGUUUGUGAGUGACAGAUAUGUUUACCGUUAUUGUAUAUUCAGCUCCUAUAAUGUCUGAUACUAAUUGCUGCAGUAAAUUGCUCUGGCAUUUCAGGACAAAGAGUGGAAUCCAGAUUUUACAUAAUGUCUUCUGCUGGGUAGCCCACCUGGAGAAGAAAAUCCGGGUGGUCUCAGACAUAAUCGAGCAGCACCUUUCCAACCACUUCUAUUUUUUCCCCCCAUAUUGUGUAAUACCUGAAAAUGAGGCCUAUUUUGUGAUUUAUGAGCUACUCUGAGCUAAUAGCCUAGUUGUUAACACUCCACAAUGACAGCACAAGGAAACAAGAAACUGUCCAAAUCAAUGCAGCAUCCCUCCAGGUGUUUCUGAGCUCAUCUGGUUGUGUCUGCCAGACUCUGUUUGUGUCGGCUGCUUUAAAUCAACAGCACACCCAUGACAGGGUGAGAACACACAGAAGUGUCCCGGAGAAUAUCGCUCCUGCUGAAGCUCCUGUAUCUCCUGUCAUUACAGAGGCCAGAUAAGUAGGGUCAGACACACACACCCACACAAACGCUCACGGUAGUGCAGUAGGCUGUCUAGAUCACUGGGCUUUAUUUGGUACUUAGAGGGAUUCUGGUAAAACCAAGCUGAAGUUCAAGCGAUCAGCUCUGGGGCUUUACCUGGCUGUGAAAGAUACAGUAAUAACCUAGUAUACACGUAGGUAACACUACAGUCCUCUUUGAACUAGUAUUAAUUUACUAACAACAGAUUUUGAAGGAAGGUAUUUCCAGACCCUAUGAUGAGUAAAAGCUGUGUAAUUGUUGAAUUGACUGCAGUGUUUUUCUGCUGAAUACAUGAUGGUGCUAUUCCUGUGUGCUAUCACAAUUUAAGAAAUAUUGUUGUAGAAAAAUGUAUUCGUUGUUGCUUUUUACCAAAAUAACCAAACCUUUGUUUUCCACAUGCAAUUUGAAAAGUGAAAGAAUAUGUGAAAAUGCAAAAAUGAUCCCAAUUGAAAAUGAAUCAGAAGACAAAUCAAGUUGACAUGUCAAGGUGCUCUGCUAUCAUCAUCCCCAAUAUAUAAUAAUAUAAUAAUAAUAAUAAUAAUAAUAAUAAUAAUAAUAAUAAUAAUAAUAAUAUGCCAUUUAGCAGACGCUUUUAUCCAAAGUGACUUACAGUCAUGUGUGCAUACAUUUUUACGUAUGGGUGGUCCCGGGGAUCGAACCCACUACCCUGGCGUUACAAGCGCCAUUGUCUACCAAUUGAAUUACACCUGCUCCUUAGAUUGGUUACAAAUAAGCCCAUUAUAUCACCUCCUUCUAUUGGAAAAGGCCCAAUAUAACAGCCCCUAUUGGAAAGUGGAAAGCAACUGGAAAGCAAAGGUUUGGUUGGUGAGGCAGGACAACUUUAACUUUGUGACCAACCAUCGUUCUCAGGCAAGGGACCAGAGACCCUGUAUGCUGGGCAAAAACUCAAUGAUAAUGAGUGGCAUACGGUCCGCGUGGUCCGCCGGGGCAAAACCUACAAGCUCACGGUGGACGAUGACAUAGCAGAAGGUACUAUACUAGCUACAGUCUGAGAGAAAGUUCCUCAUCUGCUACUGUUUGUAUGGGUGAUAUGUCUGGUGUUCUCAUUUAGUUUAAGGCUUACGUGAAUUACAAAAUUAGCUAAUAAAGAUGAACUAUCCUUAUAGUGGUUUUGAAUGUUAUUUGAAAACAUUAUUUGAGAAAGGUGACUAUAAACUGUUGACAUCUAUUGAUAUGUCUGAAUUGUUCUUGCUGAGUUUAUUCAUUUGUACUAUUACAUUGUAUUUACCCAUAUUGUAACGAAAAUUCACCACCUCUUUAUAUUCAGCCCUUUUGUGUUAGUAUCAGACAGUGUUUUCUUUUUCUUUUUUCUUUUCGUUCUUUUCACUCCAUCCCCUACUCCAGGCCAGAUGGCGGGUGACCACACCCGUCUGGAGUUCCACAACAUCGAGACGGGCAUCAUGACGGAGAGACGCUUCGUCUCGGCCAUCCCCUCUAGCUUCAUUGGACACCUGCAGAGCCUCAGGUUCCUCUUCUCUCAUAUACUUUGUUAUAUACUUUCUGCUAUAUACUGUUAUAAACGUUGUUAUUUCACCCAGAAAUACAUAACAGUAUACAAGCUACAAGCUCUUUACAGGCAAUGCAAACGGUUUUGAAUGUGACUACUACGCCAUCAGAUUGGAUAUGUUGACAUUGUUGACAUGAUGUCAGUUUUGGAGAAACCCGAUCUAAAUCAGUUAACAUGGCUGUUUUGUUUUGCUUAACUUCAGCAGAUCUUGUUGAUAAGUUUGCCGCUAGCGAAUGACAAGUCCUUCCAGUUAACAAGAAAGGGAUGUAGUUGAUCUGUUUUAAUGUAUCAGAUAAUAUAUUUUUCAAAUAUAACUUUAUUCCCCUUUAUUGACUCCAGGUUCAAUGGUAUGCUGUACAUCGAUCUCUGUAAGAACGGAGACAUCGACUUCUGCGAGCUAAACGCCCGCUUUGGCAUGCGCUCCAUCAUCGCUGACCCUGUGACCUUCAAGUCCAAGAGCAGCUACCUGAGCCUGGCCACCCUGCAGGCCUACACCUCUAUGCACCUGUUCUUCCAGUUCAAGACCACCUCCCCGGACGGCUUCAUAAUGUUCAACAGUGGAGACGGAAACGACUUCAUUGCUGUGGAGCUGGUCAAA